AUGGCAACUAUAGCCACAGUAACAACUUUUGCAACUUUGCUUGUUGCAAUCAGUGCUUACAAAAAUCCGUAUUAUGCAGAUGGAAGGUCGGUGAUGGUACAUUUAUUUGAAUGGAAAUGGGAUGACAUAGCUUUAGAAUGCGAAAGAUUUUUGGGACCAAAAGGAUACGGAGGUAUUCAAAUAUCACCACCGAACGAGAAUGUUGUGAUAUGGGCGAACAAUCGGCCAUGGUGGGAGCGUUACCAGCCAAUGUCGUAUGUGCUUGUUACUCGUUCUGGAGACGAAAGCCAGUUCGCGGACAUGGUGAGGCGAUGUAACAAUGCUGGCGUACGAAUAUACGUAGAUGCAGUAAUUAAUCACAUGACAGGAGAGCCUGCAGAAAAUGUUGGUACAGGUGGCAACACUGCUGUAUUUGGGGAAUGGUAUUACCCUGCUGUCCCCUACAGGAGGGAACACUUCAACUGGCCUCCUUGUGGUAUUGAAGGAUCGGAUUAUAAUACAAACGCUUGGAGAGUCCGUAAUUGUGAACUAGUUGGUUUGAAGGAUUUAAAUCAAUCUGACGAACACGUUAGGCAAAUGAUAGUCAACUUCAUGAAUAAGCUGAUAGAUUUGGGUGUUGCAGGAUUUAGAAUUGACGCAGCAAAACACAUGUGGCCAGAGGAUCUACGUAUUAUUUACGAUCGACUGAACAAUUUGAGCACAGCUCACGGUUUCCCACAAAAUGCUCGACCUUAUAUUUACCAGGAGGUAAUCGAUUACGGAGGUGAGGCGAUCAGCAGAAACGAAUAUACCCCCAUCGGCGCUGUGACUGAAUUUAAGGCGGGCAUGGAAUUGAGCAACGCGUUCCGUGGUUCUAACCAACUGAGAUGGUUCCACAGUUGGGGACCAAGCUGGGGACUGCUGGCGAACGGCGACGCUUUAACGUUUAUAGAAAACCAUGAUAACGAAAGAGGUCACGGUGGUGGUGGUGGUGUUCUAAUGUACAAGCAACCUAAGCCUUACAAAGCAGCGAUUGCGUUUUUACUAGCCCAUCCUUACGGAGAGCCACAGAUUAUGAGUAGUUUCAACUUCCAAGACUCCGAAGUGGGGCCUCCGAUGGAUAGAUAUGGGAAUAUCAUUUCACCAGCGAUAAAUUCUGAUGGUACAUGUGGUAACGGUUGGGUGUGCCAACAUCGCUGGCGUCAGAUCCAUGCGAUGGUUGGCUUUAGGAACGCCGCUGGCAACACUGAAUUGAACAACUGGUGGGAUAAUGGUAGCAGUCAGAUCGCUUUCAGUCGCGGAGACAGAGCCUUUAUCGCCUUUAAUAAUGAUGGAUGGAGUCUCAGUCAAAAUUUGCAGACUGGACUCCCAAAGGGGACAUAUUGCGAUGUGAUAUCAGGAGAUAAAGUAAAUAAUUCGUGUCGAGGCAAAUCUGUAACUGUUGGCAGUGAUGGAAUGGCCCAAAUAAGCAUAGGACCACAAGAAUACGAUCUAAUGCUAGCUAUACACAUUGGACCUGAAAGUCGACUAUAA